AUGACUUCAAAGGCAAUUAAACCGAGUCUGGUUCCCCCAGAGCCCAUUGCAAUAUGUGGAAUGUCUGUACGUCUCCCCGGAGGCCUACACACACCCCAGCAGCUGUGGGACUUCUUGGUUGCAAAAGGAGAUGCCCGUGGCCAAGUGCCAAGGUCCAGAUAUAAUGCAUCCGCAUACUACUCCGACAGCCAGAAGCCGGGCAGUAUAAAGACCGAAUACGGAUACUUUCUAGAUGAAAGUAUUGAUAUUGCUUCUGUGGAUACAUCUUUCUUCACAGUGGGAAAAUUGGAGGUGGAGCGCAUGGACCCACAGCAACGGCAAAUGCUGGAAGUUGCCAGGGAGUGCAUGGAAGAUGCCGGCGAAACGAAUUGGAAAGGACGACCAAUUGGCUGCUACAUGGGUAGCUUUGGUGAAGAUUGGCUUGAGAUGUGUGUCAAAGAAACCCAACAAUAUGGCCAGCAUCGAGUGAGCGGAUAUGGAGACUUCAUGCUACCCAACCGAGUUUCAUAUGAGAUGGACUUGACGGGACCGAGCAUGGUCGUACGUACUGCCUGCUCAGCAGGCCUUGUUGCACUGCACGAAGCAUGUCUCGCAAUUUCCAGGGGCGACUGCGAGGGAGCCAUAGUUGGCGGUGCCAACUUGAUAAUGGCACCUGGCAUGACAAUUGCAAUGAGUGAGCAAGGCGUAAUUUCACCUGAUGGGUCUUGCAAGAGUUUCUCUGCCGAUGCCAAUGGCUAUGCACGAGGAGAGGCGAUAUCUGCUAUCUUCAUUAAACCGCUGGCUGAUGCCGUCCGGGAUGGAAACCCGGUUCGAGCGGUUAUCCGUUCGACAGUCUCUAACAGUGACGGAAGAGGUGCUGGAACUGGCACCCAUGUCCCUAAUGGUAUCUCACACGAGGCCAUGAUCCGGCGGGCGUAUGAGGUGGCAGGCAUUGCAGAUUACUCCCAGACUGCGUUUGUCGAGUGUCAUGGUACUGGCACCCAAGUUGGAGAUCCUAUUGAAACCCGAGCAGUGGGCCGGGUUUUUGGCCCUUCUGGCGGUGUCCUUAUUGGGUCUGUCAAACCCAAUCUUGGUCACUCUGAAGGAGCCUCGGGGAUUACAUCCCUGAUCAAGUCGGUACUGGCCCUGGAAAAUCGUAUCAUCCCCCCAAAUAUCAAGUUUAAGGAGCCCAACCCCAACAUCCAAUGGGAUGAAUAUGGACUCGCUGUUCCCACAGAACCGAUGCCAUGGCCUGAGGCUCGGAGCGAGCGAAUCAGUGUGAACUCCUUCGGGAUUGGAGGAACAAACGCUCACGUUGUUCUCGAUUCAGCUCAGAGCUUUGGUGUCUCUCCCGUUGCCACGCAGCAUACUCUUUCACCGCAGCUGCUCGUUUAUUCCGCAAACAACGCCGAGUCACUAAAACAAAUGAUAUCCCACUACACGGCCUAUAUCCAGAAGAACCCAACCAGAGUUGCCGAUUUGGCAUUCACUCUAGCUAAUAGAAGGGAACAUCUUCCUCACCGGGCAUUCUCCGUGAAAAGCCCAUUGGGUCCGCUCACAACUUCGACGCCCUCAAAAACUGGCGAGGCACCAAAUAUAGUCAUGGUUUUCACUGGCCAAGGCGCUCAGUGGCCACAAAUGGGUGGCUCUAUGAUCCAAAACCCCUCCUAUCCCACGUUUAAGAAGAGCAUUCAAGAUCUUGACUCAUAUUUGCAAACCCUCACACAUGCUCCAGAAUGGAGCAUUGAAGAAGAGCUCUUGAAGGGCCCGGGUACUAGCAGACUCGGCUCAUCCGAAUUAUCCCAGCCUUUGUGCACGGCAAUACAAGUGGCACUGAUCGACACUUUCGCUUCCAUUGGGGUUCAGCCUGCCGCUGUCGUGGGUCACUCUAGUGGCGAGAUAGCUGCUGCAUACGCUGUCGGUGCCAUCACGGCCAACGAAGCAAUCACGAUUGCGUUUUAUCGAGGUCAGGUUACCAAGCUACAAACCAGGCCUGGGGCCAUGGCAGCUAUAGGCAUGGGUAUGGAGGACGUUCAGGAAUACCUACAGGAUGGUGUCAUCGUUGCUUGCGAAAACUCGCCCAAGAGUGUCACCCUUGCUGGUGAUACACAUGCUAUUGAAAAUGUUAUUGCCACGAUUAAGGAGACCCACCCUGAUAUCCUGGCCAGACAGUUGAAAGUCGACAAGGCGUACCACUCUCAUCAUAUGGCUGAGAUAGGCGACGAGUACCAUGCUUUAAUUGAACACGAAGUAUCCGCCAAGGCACCAAAUAAGUUGUUCUUCAGCAGUGUCGAGAACAAAAUACUCACCGAAGUCCAGAAUUUCGGUCCCAAAUACUGGCAGAUGAACCUACAGUCCCCAGUGCUCUUUCGUUCGGCUGUCUCAUCCAUAAUCAAGCACCAGAUUUCGAAGAACAUGGUGCUACUUGAGGUUGGACCACACUCCGCUCUUGCGGGUCCCUUGCGACAGAUCCAGAGUCAUCUUUACACUUCUUCUCCUUAUAUUUCUACAUUUGUUCGCAACCAGGACAGUACAGAAUCUUUCCUGACUGCCAUUGGGCAGCUGCAUGUUCUCAAUGCUAUCUCCGAGUUGGGCAAGGUCAUCAGCGAAGGCUCCACUCUCCCCGAUCUUCCAAGGUACCCAUGGGAUCACUCAAAAAGGUUCUGGUAUGAGUCUCGGUUGAGCAAGGAGUGGAGACAUCGCGAACACAAGUCUCACGAUCUUUUGGGUGUCCGGGUUACAGAGAGUCCUGACUUUCAACCUGUUUUCCGAAAUCUCUUUCAUUUGGACAAUGCCCCGUGGAUUCGUGACCACAAGGUCGGUGAUGAUAUUGUCUUCCCCUUCGCUGGCUAUGCUGCGAUGAUUGGCGAGGCUGUGAGACAGCUUACCGGUGUCAGUGAGGCAUUCAAACUGCGCAAUAUCAUUGUUAGCACUGCCCUUGUCUUGAAUGAGGGUCCGCCAGUUGAGAUCGUGACAACACUACAUCGCCAUCGAUUAACAGAUUCUCUCGACAGUGAGUGGUGGGGAUUUACCAUCACUUCUUACAACGGAGCUAGUUGGACCAAGCACUGCUUGGGCGAGGUUAGAUCGCAUAGCGAACACGUUGAAGAUGUAAGCAAGAAAGCUCCUCUUGUGCGGAAGGUUGAUACUCGCCGUUGCUACCAUUCUAUGGCCAUGUCUGGUCUCAACUUUGGGCCAUCUUUUCAACGUCUCGAACAUGUCCGAUCAGACACUGUUACGCAGAAUGCAACAUCCGAACUUGCUGCAAAAGAUACUGAUGGGGAGAACUAUCAUUUGCAUCCCACAGUCAUCGAUGCCUCACUUCAACUGCUCAGCGUUGCUGCGUCCAAGGGAUAUGCCGACCAAAUAACCAACAUAAUGGUUCCUACCCACAUUCAAGAAAUGUCCAUCUACCGCUGUUAUGAGAAUGUCCAAGUCCAAGCCUCCGCAUCUUACACCCCGAACGGCUCUAUCCUCGGUAGUGGCCAGUGUAUUACUGCAGGGGGCAAGGUUGCUUUACGAAGUUCUGGAAUCAAACUCUCUGUUCUCGAUCAUCAGGACUCCGACAAAGUGGACAACACCACUGCCCGUGCAGAAUGGGCUCCCCAUAUCGACUUCCUGGAUGCCAACACUCUCAUCAAGCCAUUAAUUGAUCGCAGUGAUUAUAUGCCCGCUUUGACAGAGCUAUCUCAUCUGUGUAUGAUUUACACACAGCGUGUCAUCGCAGAACUGGACACUUCAAUCGGCCACAUGCACAAGUAUCGAUCAUGGAUUGAUCACCACCUGCUGUCCGUGGAUGUGCGGAGCCUCCAGAUUCUUGACAAUACUACCAUCGAGCAGCGAGUGAAGGAACUUGUCCAUCAGAUAUCUCAAACCAACGGCGCCCAUCUUGCUAGUGGUAUUGAGGUGGUUUUCAAUAACGCCCAACAGAUUUUCACCGGAGAGGCCGGGGCUCUGGAUCUCCUUCUGGCGGAUGGCAUAUUGGCCAACGUCUACAACGCAAUGGAUCAGUGCGAUAUUUCCGAAUUCAUCACGAAAUUGAGUCACACCAAGCCCAAUCUGCAAAUCCUCGAAAUAGGUGCCGGAACCGGCGGAUCUACAGCUAAUCUCCUGAAGCUGUUGACACCUGGGGACAGGACCUUAUACACGAAUUACACCUUCACUGAUAUCUCAUCUGGCUUCUUUGUUGCUGCAAAGGAUCGGUUUGCCAAUUACCCAAACAUCGAAUACGCUACUCUCGACAUUAGUAAGGAUCCCUCCGAUCAGGGUUUUGAUGGUCGCAAAUACGACCUAAUUCUGGCGACUAAUGUUAUUCACGCCACUGCAUCCUUGAACGACAGUCUGAGCAAUGUUCGCAAACUUCUUUCUCCCACUGGAUGGUUCUUGCUCCACGAAUUGACACCCACAUCCAAAUGGAUCAACUAUAUCUUUGGAACUCUAGCUGGUUGGUGGUAUGGCGAUGUUGACGAUCGGUCGGACGAGCCGUACAUAGGCGUUGAACGUUGGGCAAAAGAACUCAAGGCCGCUGGAUUUCGUACUCCAGAUGCUGCAGUUUUGGAUUCGGACCACCCACAUCAGUUAAACGCCAUGAUCGUGGCUAGAUCGGAAAUUGAGACCGCACCUAAGAAAUGCGUCACGCUCUUGACCCUCUCUGAAUCAAGACCUGUCGGCCCUUUACUUCAAGCCCUGGAGAAUAGGGGAUACUCCGUUCAUCAUUCUCGGUUUGGCGGAGAGCCCCUACCUGACGGACAAGAUGUGAUUGCGUUGCUUGAUGAUGAAGCCCCGUUCUUUGAAAACAUGGAUAGCCAACGCUUUGACUGUUUCAAGAAAUUGGCGGAGAGCCUAAAUAAAUGUGGUAUUCUCUGGGUGACUCGUUUAUCACAAGCCCAAUGUCAGGACCCGAGAUUUUCCCAAAUCAACGGCAUAGCGAGGACGAUCCGCAAUGAAUUGUUUGUCGAUUUUGCUACUUGCGAGGUCGAUAAUCUUGAUGUCUCUUUGAAGAAAGUCAUCGAUGUAUAUGAGAAGUUCCAAGUCCGUCGGGAGGAUGAGACCCUCAAGCCUGAAUUUGAAUACGCUAUUGUUGAUAAUACUGUCCAAGUUGGGCGGUACCAUCCAUUCUCGUUGCAAAAUGAGCAACAGACGUCCUGCUCAAAUGGUAGCAUGGCUCUUCGAACCAGUAAGGCCGGUCGAUUGGCUGCGUUACACUGGGCUCAGGAGGAUAUCAAACCUCUGAAGGGAGACGAGGUGGAAAUUGACACUUACGCAACUGGUUUGAAUUUCAAGGAUGUCUUAUGUGCCAUGGGCAUUGUCGAAGCCAAAGAUAAUGAAUUUGGCCAUGAAGGCGCCGGCGUAGUCCGCCGCAUCGGUCCCGAAGUUCAAGGUCUGAAGGUCGGUGACCGGGUCAUGGUCGUCGGGAGCUGUCUAUUUGGGACGCAAUUAGUUCUCUCUGAGAACCUCUGCGAGAAGAUCCCAGGUGGCUUAAGCUUCAAUGAUGCGGCGAGCAUGCCUUGCGUGUUUAGUACAUCAAUAUACUCCAUUUUCAACGUUGGAAAUCUGGAAAAGGGACAGUCCAUUCUUAUCCACAGUGCCUGCGGUGGAGUUGGCAUUGCGACUAUUCAGCUUGCUCAGAUGGUUGGCGCGGAGAUUUACGCAACGGUCGGUAACGAGGAGAAGGUCAAGUAUCUCAUGGACACGUUUGGCCUUCCUCGGAACAGGAUCCUCAAUUCCCGUAAUACCUCGUUCGUCGAGGAUAUCAUGCGGGAGACAAAUGGAGAGGGUGUCGACUUGGCAUUGAACUCUUUGUCUGGUGAACUACUUCAUGCUACAUGGAAGUGCAUUGCACCGUUUGGAAAGAUGGUCGAGAUUGGCAAACGUGACUUGCUUGGCUCUGGAAAGCUUGAUAUGACUCCUUUCUUAGACAACCGGAGCUAUUGCUGUGUCGACUUGGAUCAAAUUUGUUCCAGAAAGCCGACUCUUGCAAAGAAGCUGCUGAAGGAAAUUGUGCACCUACUCAGGGAGCGCUACAUCUCUCCUGUCCGACCCAUCAAAGUCUUCAGUUCCGAUGGUAUACACGACGCCUUCCGUUACAUGCAGCAAGGCACACAUAUGGGAAAGAUCGUCGUGUCGAUGCGUGAUACUUCAGGCCAAGUUAGCGCUGUACAAAAUAUCCAGCAACAAAAAAAGCCCACCCAACUCAACAGCUCUGGUGCAUACCUGCUGGUAGGUGGCCUUGGAGGUCUGGGUCGGGCUAUAUCUACGUGGAUGGUCCAACACGGAGCUCGACAUCUCAUAUAUCUUUCCCGAACUGCGGGUUCAAGCGAAAUCCACCGGGAGUUUGCCCAAGAGCUUGCCAGUAUGGAUUGUCGCGUCGACUUUGUGCAAGGUAGCGUGUCCAACAUCGAAGAUGUAACCACUGCCACCACACGGGCUCAAGGCCGGCUUCGGGGUAUCUUGCAGAUGUCCAUGAUGCUUUGUGAUCGGAGCUUCGCACGUAUGACACUGGAGGAGUGGAACACGGCUGUUGAUCCGAAGGUCAAGGGAACAUGGAAUCUUCAUAAUGCUUCAGUGUCUGCGAAUGCGGAACUCGACUUCUUUGUUCUUUUCAGUUCGGUGUCUGGCGUCUUUGGACUUCCUGGUCAGAUCAACUAUGCUGGUGCGAACACGUUCCUGGACGCCUUUUCUCAAUACCGCUUGGGUUUGGGACUACCGGCUUGCGCUAUUGAUCUCGGUAUCGUCGAGGGAGUAGGUUAUGCUGCUGAGCAGGAAGAAAUUUUACAAAAGCUCAAAGCUGCGGGUGGCCUAGGCAAUACGGUCUCGGUGAGCGAGCUUUUGGACGCAGUAGAGGCAGCGAUGACAUCUAUACCAAGUAAAUCGAGACCCGAAGCAAGCAACUUCUGCGUUGGAAUUCGCCCCAAUGUGCCUCUCGCUGAUCAAAGAAACCGUUUGAUCUGGAAGAAGGACACCCGAAUGUCGGUGUUCCAUAAUACUGGAGCAGCUGGUACCACCUUGACCUCUGCUCCUGGCGCUGGUCUGGAGGCCUUCAUCACACAGGCCAAGGGCGAUGCCGCGCUACUAAGCCAACCUGAUUCUGCUCAAAUGCUCGCUGUGGAAAUUGGAAAGAAGGUGUUUAACUUCUUGCUGAAGCCGGAAGAAGAUUUGGUGACAUCUUACUCGUUGUCUGAGCUUGGAAUGGACUCUCUCGUGGCAAUUGAGGUGAAACAGUGGUGGAAGGCGACAUUCGAGUUCGAUAUCAGUGUCCUCGAAUUGAUGGGAAUGGGGUCUCUCGAUAUACUCGGGGAACACGCUGCUCAUGGCAUGCUUAAAUGGUUCCAUGGUGUACAAGAGCAAGCCGACUGA